AUGCCUUAUGACAGUGAAUUUGGAAAAUAUGCGACUGAAUAUGAUCCUAUCAAAAUAGGUUCUAUUGACGGCACUGAUACUGAGCCACAUGAUCGGGCAAUCUGCCGAGCCUUAAUUUCGGAAUAUACUCCUAACAAACAAGUGCAAGGUGAUCCUCAACUCACAAUUUUCGUUGCUCGGUUGAAUCCAAGAACAACACAGGAAACUAUUCAUUCAGAGUUUUCAAAAUUUGAGUACAUUGAUGGCACAGAGGUAAUAGUAGAAAGAGAAGCUGAAAGAAGGCUGAUUGGUUGGAGGCCUAGGAGACUUGGCGGUGGGUUUGGUGGACGCAAAGAGUCAGGACAGCUAAGGUUUGGUUGUCGGGAGAAACCAUUUAGGAAACCUAUUAUUGUGACACAAAAACAAGAUAAUGAAUUUCCUGCUAAGAGGUCUCAUAAUAGC